CAGCCCUAUUUCGCCUCUUGCUCUCGGAUGCCGAUGCACAGUUGACGGCCGCCGCGCGUAUCAAGCCAACGUAGAACCACGCGAAAGCAAGCCCCUGUAGGCUUCUAUUUCGGUCCCUCGGCAGUCUUGAACCUCACCAGCCUUCGCGAGCGAGCGAUUCCAUGUUUCCUUAAAGGCUAGGCGUCGAGCUCAACUCAACGAAGCAAGCGGCCAUGCUUGCCGUCCGUCGCGAUAUCCGAGCAUCAACUGCUACGGUAGCUUAGUUCAUUCCGCCCAUCUUCCUCGAACAUGCCCCCUCGGAGAUCGCACAAGAAGUCGCGGGCUGGGUGUCGCCGGUGCAAGGUCCGCAAGAUCAAGUGCGACGAAGUCCACCCACGAUGCGGCAACUGCACGAAACAUGGCGUCGUGUGCGACUUUGAGUCCAACGAGGUGGCAGACGACCUUGCCAGCGUCUCUACGCCGGCAGCCCCGAGCCCCUUGCCUCCAACACCUGCGGCAUCCUAUGCGCGGGCCAACCCCCAGCCUCCGAGACGAUCACCUCCGCGUCCGCCCUCGGUGACACCACGCCUUGUCUUUAACCAGCCCCCGACACCCAAGGUGUCCAGCGUCACCGCCCAGGUCAGCAGGCUCAUGGAGCUGCGCCUGAUGCACCAGUACACCAACGUCACAUCCAAGACGCUCCUCACAAGCUCGCCUGUCACGGAAGAUAUCUGGCAGCGCGCCGUGCCGCAGAUGGCGUUUGAGGGGCGGACAUAUCUCGCGGACGCCAUCCUGUCCGUCGCGGCGCUGCACCUGCGCUCCCAGGCGCCCGAGGACAAGUCCCUGAUACGCGCGACCCACGCCUAUACAGCGUCGACGCUGGCCGAGUACUGCGCCUCGCUGGAAAAGGGCAUCACAUCGGACAAUGCCGAGUCCCUGUUCCUGACGGCGUCCCUCAUCGCGUUCCAGUCGGUGGCCUCGCGGAUAUUUGCGAAAGACGACGCCGAGCCCGACGACCCCAACGCCCGCUAUGCGCUCCCGCUGCCAUGGUUUCACUCCUUCCAGGGCGUCAAGACCGUGGUGGCCACCUCGUGGCAGUGGAUACGGAACAGCAACAUUGUCAAGAGCGUCAUUGAUUCUCAGCCGAGUCUACAGCUGGACCUGAACCCGCUGGGGCCCAACUCCUUCUUCGGCCACCUGCUCGAGGGCCUGGACGAGGAGAUUGCCGAGGAGGCGCCCGACAUGGUACCGUCGACGACACAAUGCUACUCGCACGCCAUCUGCGUGCUCAACUGGGCGCACAAGAGCCCGCAUCCCGCGGCGGCGCUGGCGUUCCCCGCCACCGUCGCCCGCCGCUUCAUCGAGCUCGUGGAGAUGAAGAGGCCACGGGCGCUGGCGACCAUUGCGUGCUUCUUCGCCCUGCUCAAGCGUCUCGACGGUGUGUGGUGGCUGCACGACGUGGCGCGCCGUGAAGUCAUGGGCCUGGUCGGGCUGUUCGAGUCCGGGUCCAAGUGGUGGCGGCACCUCGAGUGGCCGGUGCGGAUCGCUCUCUGGGACGGCAGCAAUAUCCCCCCCGAGAUUUGGGGCACCGACUGGGAGACGAGUGUGCCCCCGGAUACCAGCCAGGGGUUUGUGGAUCACAUUGAGCUGGUGGCCGAGCUGAUGGGCCAGUCUACGCAUGAUCUGCUCAACGUGGCCACUCCUUUUACGGGGGAGCCACCACUCACGGCCGAGUCGCCGGAUUGAUUGCAUUGAUCUACUAGGUACUAGACUACCAUGUGCUGCAUUUCGGGCGUUGAGGGCAUUACACGAUAUCCGGAGAGGGUAGUGCGAGCGGGUUCACUGGUCAUAUUUUUGCACGUAUAUACAAGCAGUCAGUUAUCUGCUUUACCAGCAUCAC